GGUCUCCGGAGGGGGAUAGGGGGCUCCAUGAAUGGAAGCGGCGGCGGCGGCGGGAGCGACCUGAGCUGGGCGCCGGGGCCAGGGCCGGGGGCUGCCCAGGGCCCGCACCGGUGUAUGGGGGCGGCUGGUGGACCCUGAGAGCGAGGGCCGGCGGCUGGGCCGAACUGGGAGGGGCGGGGCCCGGCGGCCUCAGGCCGGAGGCGCGUCGGGCUGGAGCCGGUCACGAUGCCCCGGAGGAAGCAAAGCCACCCGCAGCCCGUGAAAUGCGAGGGGGUCAAAGUGGAUACUGAAGAUUCCUUCGACGAAGGACCCGGGGCCCUGGUGUUGGAGAGUGAUUUGCUGCUAGGCCAAGAUCUGGAGUUCGAGGAGGAGGAGGAAGAGGAGGAAGGUGACGGCCACAACGACCAGCUCAUGGGUUUUGAGAGAGACUCUGAAGGAGACUCUCAGGGGGCCAGACCUGGACUUCCCUAUGGGCUGAGUGACGACGAGUCUGGGGGCGGCCGGGCACUAAGUGCGGACAGUGAAGUGGAGGAGCCAGCCAGGGGUCCAGGGGAGGCCAGGGGUGAGCGGCCAGGCCCAGCCUGUCAGCUGUGUGGGGGGCCGGCAGGUGAGGGGCCGUGCUGUGGGGCAGGAGGGCCGGGUGGGGGGCCCGCGCUGCCCCCGCGGCUACUGUACUCAUGCCGCCUCUGCGCCUUCGUGUCCCACUACUCGAGCCACCUGAAGCGGCACAUGCAGACACACAGCGGGGAGAAGCCGUUCCGCUGUGGCCGCUGCCCCUACGCCUCAGCCCAGCUCGUCAACCUGACGCGACAUACGCGCACCCAUACUGGCGAGAAGCCCUACCGCUGUCCCCACUGCCCCUUUGCCUGCAGCAGCCUGGGCAACCUGAGGCGGCACCAGCGCACGCACACAGGGCCUCCCACUCCUCCCUGCCCGACCUGUGGCUUCCGAUGCUGUGCUCCACGACCAAACCGGCCCCCCAGUCCCACAGAGCAGGAGGGGACAAUGCCCCGGCGAUCAGAAGGUGCUCUGCUCCUCCCAGACCUGAGCCUCCAUGUGCCACCAGGUGGUGCCAGUUUCCUGCCGGACUGCGGGCAGCUGCGGGCUGAAGGGGAGGGUUUGUGUGGAACUGGGUCAGAACCGCUGCCAGAGCUACUCUUCCCCUGGACCUGCCGGGGUUGUGGGCAAGAACUGGAGGAGGGUGAGGGCAGUCGGCUGGGAACGUCCAUGUGCGGGCGCUGCAUGCGAGGAGAGGCUGGAGGGGGGGGUGCGAGUGGGGGGCCCCAAGGCCCCAGCGACAAAGGCUUCGCCUGUAGUCUCUGCCCGUUUGCCACUCACUAUCCCAACCACCUGGCUCGACACAUGAAGACUCACAGCGGUGAGAAACCCUUUCGCUGUGCCCGCUGUCCGUACGCCUCUGCUCAUCUGGAUAACCUGAAACGGCACCAGCGCGUCCACACGGGAGAGAAGCCCUACAAGUGCCCCCUCUGUCCCUACGCAUGUGGCAACCUGGCCAACCUCAAGCGUCAUGGUCGCAUCCACUCUGGUGACAAACCUUUUCGGUGUAGCCUUUGCAACUACAGCUGCAAUCAGAGUAUGAACCUCAAGCGUCACAUGCUGCGACACACGGGCGAGAAGCCCUUCCGCUGUGCCACCUGCGCCUACACCACCGGCCACUGGGACAACUACAAGCGGCACCAGAAGGUGCACGGCCAUGGCGGGGCAGGAGGGCCCGCCCUCUCCGCCCCGGAGGGCUGGGCCCCACCUCACAGCCCGCCCUCUGUCUUGAGCACUCGGGGGCCAGCAGCCCUGGGUGCUACCGGCAGCAGGGCUCUCCAUACAGACUCACCUUGAGCCAGGUUCUUUUACCUGGGUCCUUAGGAAUUAGCCCUGUCUCUCCUGCGUUUUAUACAAAUGGACUAGAAACCACUUUCCCCUUCCUCCCCCGCUGGCCAGGGGCUCCACACAGACUAACCUAGGCACUAUAUGGACCAGCCUAAAUCCCAUGGGCAGGGGGCCUGGUCUUGGCUCAUGUACUUAAUUUAAUGAGCUCAGUGAUUAGGCCCCUGGAUUCACCGCCACUGCUCCCAGGGGCCAUGGAUGAACUGGCUGGGGGACUGCCCAGCCUCUCACCUGUUUAACUUAUUUCAGUGCUUUAUAAUAAAGGAAACACUAACAAA